UAUCACUACUGCAGGAUCGAAGGUGCUGAAAUCAACAAGAGUCUUUUGGCUUUGAAGGAGUGCAUCCGUGCUUUGGACAAUGAUCAGAUCCAUAUUCCUUUUCGGGGAAGCAAACUUACGGAAGUACUCCGUGACUCCUUUGUUGGAAAUUCAAAAACUGUUAUGAUCUCUUGUAUAUCCCCAAAUGCUGGGUCUUGUGAACACACACUUAAUACCUUGAGAUAUGCAGACCGAGUUAAAAGUCUAUCCAAGAGUGGAAAUCCUCGGAAGGACCAGGCCCCAAAUCCAGUUCCACCAGUCAAUAAAGAGGCUUCACCCACAUCUUCACUUCUUGCUAGCAUGGGUACAGAGGAUUUUAAUGGUCAGCGUCAAGAGAUAAAAGCAACGGACUUGGGCAGAAAAGCUGUAGAAAAGGAAAGUUCUUUCUACAGCUCUUCCACUGAUGUUGACAAACAACUAUCAAGUUUCUCUUCUAGUUAUUCAUACAAUGGGCGAGAAGAUAAAAGCCUGGCUUCUGCUCCAAUGGACAGGGAAAGGUUUGAAGUAAAGAAUUCUUACGGUGAUUCUACCAAUCAAAAGAUGAACUCUUAUUCCCUAAAUGUUACAGAUGAGAAAGUGCAAAGGGUGUCUCCUCCACGCAGAAAAGGAACUAAGGAGGAGAAACCCGAAAGAUCUAUAAAUUGGGUAAAAAGGGAUUCCAAUGGUUCUAAUAACACCACAAGCUCCAAGCAGCAGAACACAGGAAAUUAUAACACAGUUAGCACUGGAUCGGGGCAGUCUGAAACAGAAUCCUCUUCUGACGUGAAUAUCAGCGCAAUACUUCAGGAAGAAGAAGCACUAAUUGCUGCUCAUAGGAAAGAAAUUGAGGACACAAUGGAGAUUGUUCGUGAAGAAAUGAAACUAUUGGCAGAAGUG